AAAUUUUAUUCCUAGAAUUUAUUAAAUCAAAGGCAGAACGUCAGAAUAAUUUUUUGUCCAUUCUUCCCGUCGCGAAUUUUGCUUUCGUAGAAAAUUUUUUUAGUUUUUUGUUCAAUAUUUUAUAAUUUACUUCAACCACUUCUUAAUAUAAUUAAAUAAAAUCCCGAGAGAAACAUUUUAUUCAGUAGUGAAUAAGAAUAUAAAAUAAAAUUAAUUGCCUUCUGCAUUUGGUUAAGGUACGUGGAAGACAAGAAUCAGGAAAAAAAUAAAAAAUGGGUUUGACCAUUUCGAGUCUCCUCACCCGCCUAUUUGGUAAAAAACAAAUGCGGAUACUAAUGGUUGGAUUAGAUGCAGCUGGUAAAACAACGAUCCUUUACAAACUAAAACUCGGUGAAAUUGUUACAACCAUACCUACCAUCGGAUUCAACGUCGAAACUGUGGAGUAUAAAAACAUUUGCUUCACUGUUUGGGACGUUGGUGGGCAGGAUAAAAUUCGACCAUUAUGGCGCCAUUAUUUCCAAAACACUCAAGGUCUUAUUUUCGUUGUUGAUUCAAAUGAUAGAGACAGAAUAAACGAGGCUGAAAAGGAAUUGCAAAAUAUGCUACAAGAGGACGAAUUGCGAGAUGCAGUUCUAUUAGUAUUUGCUAACAAGCAAGAUUUACCUAAUGCAAUGAGUGCAGCAGAGCUCACCGACAAAUUACGUCUGAAUCAGCUUCGUCAACGACAUUGGUAUAUUCAAGCUACUUGUGCUACACAAGGACAUGGACUUUACGAGGGUCUGGAUUGGCUGUCGAAUGAACUUGCUAAAAAAUGAUGUCAAUCAGAUGUAUUUAAGUAGUUUUUAACAAGGAUCUUUAUAUAUACAUAUAUAUAAGAACAACACACACACACAUUAAAAAUAUAUAUAAGUAUAACAAAAAAACUAAAUGAAGACCAAAAGAAAAAGAAGUUAAGAAACGCAUACAUUCGAAGGAAAUUUAAGUAAAAAUUCAGUGAAAAAGAAAAGAUAAUGAAUUCAUUAUGAAAAUAUUCAAUAAUAAUAUUAUGUAACAAAUAUAA